AUGAAGUCACUCAUUUUCGGCGUUGAGGGAUGGAGUGGUAGGGAACAGCCCUCUGGAGGGGGAGCGUGGAAUCCCCGAAGCAAGGAUCUGUUCCAGUUCAUGCAAACGCCAAAUUUGUUGAAGUGGGAGGAACAAAUUGUUCCGUGCACACGGGGAGAUGGAGAAUCAACCGGAGGAGCACCGAGUGUAGGAAAUCAUGUGAAAAUGUUCGGGGAUAUUUUGAGGGUUGCAACCAAACCAGUGUUGCAAUGUGUAUCUGGGAUUGACUUUUCCGAUGAUAUUUUCAUGAGUUCAUCCAUCUACACGCAUACUGAUACUUUGCUAUGCCAUGACGACGAUCUGGAAGAACGGAGACUUGCAUUCAUGUUUUAUUUAACGCCCCCAGAAUGGACUGAGGAAGCUGGAGGGCAAUUAGAUCUCUUCGAAUGUACCGAUGAAGAUCCCGUUAUGAGUUUAGAUGCACUGGAGGCAUCUGUAUUUUUCAGCUCUCCCACUUCGACGGAAGAUGAUGAUGAUGAAACGUACGAUGGUCCCGGAGGUUUCGUUUCGUAUGUUCAUCGGUUUGAAACCGAUGAGAUGCUGAGGAUUUCCCCAGCUCGAAAUACCUUGUCGCUGGUUUAUCGCACAUCCGAUGUGCUGAGAUUCACGAAGCACAGUUUUUUUUACACCUUUUGUGUUGCUUUUCUUUUCCCGUCGUGCGCGAUGAGUGACGGAACAAUGAACGAUGCUGAUGAUAUGGAGGCUCACUGCUCCGAGGUGCUUCGAAAAGCCAAAGCUUUGAUUCAAGCCUCGCAAAAGCUUCCGAAGCCAGAUUCUAGCGAAUGGGAGUAUUAUGCUGGUUUCCCGGAUUUCGUGAAAACUCUCCACGUGGAAUGCAAUGUUCUACUUUCUACGAUGAAUAUGCUCAUGAGUCAUCACAACGCUUGCUCUUCAGAUAUUCGUACGCCAUAUGCAGAUCUUGACAAGUACGAAAUAAUUUCCACAUUUGCGUCGUCUGUUAUCGAUGAUACUAUUGAGUGCCUUACCACAGCGGACAAAGCGUUGGUUCGAUCCAAGUUUGCGUCGAAAGAAGAGGAGAAAAAGGCGAAAACUAUUACGAAAACGCCGAGCCCCGCAGUUCACAGACGAUCUAUGAGUAUGAUCAAACCGCAGUUAUUUUUUUCCAAGAAGCCCAAUAAUGAUCCGAAAGGAGAGUUUGUACCAAUUUUGACUUCGAAGCCACACAGCGUGAUUCCGUUGCAAGACAGUUUGGUGAAGAUCACAGAUGAUGACGGACAGGUCAAGUAUAGACAUCCUUACGAAGCGGAACUAAGUUGUUGGGAACCCAAGAAGAACGACUUGUCCGGAUCGCAGUUGUCAGACGAAGAACGGAAGAAAUUACUAGUUGAUAUCGACGAAACUGCGUUUGAGUACGUCGAUGAUGCUUCGCGCGUUCCUGAAAUUGUGUCGGAACUCAAGGAACAUUCCAUUGUCGGCUUUGACGUGGAGCACCACAACUAUCGUAGCUUCCAAGGAAUUACCUGCUUGUUGCAAAUUUCGGUUACGGGAAAGGAUUACGUGAUUGACACGAUCAAAUUGAGGGAUCACUUACAGCCCCUGAACGAAGUGUUCACUCACCCGCGGAUUUUGAAAGUCGCUCAUGGCGCUAACUCCGACAUCAUAUGGCUUCAACGAGACUUGGGCAUUUACAUAGUCAACCUUUUCGACACUCACGAAGCCGCAGUGCUUCUUGAUAUGCCUCGUCGCGGGCUUGCAGCAUUGUUGAGCACUUAUUGCGGCAUCGAGGCUGAAAAGCAAUAUCAGACUGCUGACUGGCGAGUAAGACCUCUUUCUGAAGAGUUGAUCAGAUACGCGAGACGUGACACGAGGUUUCUGGAGUACCUGUAUUGGACGUUGAGAGAAGCUCUGAUUGAUGCAGGAAACGCGUCGCGAAACCUCCUCAGGGCUGUGUUUGAAAGAAGCCGAGAAAUAUGCUUGUUGACUUACGAAAAGCCUGAGGUAUUUGGACAAGCUUACGCAAUGCUGGAAUCUAAGUGCAAAGCUGUGUUUGAUGUCCGACAAAUGUCAGCAUUGAAGAAUUUGUACGAAUGGCGAGACACGAUUGCGAGGAGAGAAGAUGAAAGCGUCCACUACGUCCUUCCAACUCACAUGUUGCAAAAAAUCGCUGAAAAUUUGCCGCGUGAGAUGCAAGCCAUCUUUCUUUGUUGCAAUCCAACGCCGCAGUUGGUCAAGGUGAAUCUGUUGGGCAUUCAUGAGAUCGUACUUCGGGCUCGCCAGAUUGCCAUUGAUACGGCUUUCGAAAAGCGGAAACGCCAAUCUGGGACCGAAGAUGAUGAGGUUCCGGAAACUUUGAACGAUACUUUGAGUAAAUUAACAAUACGUCGCAACACGCCCGUACUAUUUCAUGCGGCUCCGCUGAAGUGUCGUUUGUCACUAGAAAAAUCUGUUUGUGACCGGUGGAAUUCACCACCGUGUCUCCUAGAUGAAAACCCAGCGACUGGACAGUUGUUGCUGAAUGAAUCUUACACUGAAUCACCAAGAACUGCGCAAGUGAAGGAAGUGCAGAACAGGGAAGCGGUGAAUAAUGAUCGACAGAUGCCGAGACUUCUGACACCGUUUCAGCGUUACAUGGCAAUUUUGCCGCUUACUCGUGGCGAUUUGGCGCAUGCUGACGGGGAACUGAGCGUCAAAGUCGCUAAAUUGCGUGAUCGUCUGGCUAAAAUCAACGACGCGUCGUUGGCAGCAGAGAGCCAAGAAAAGCGGAACGAGGAGGAUUUGGAGAUUCUAGAACCUGAAAAGGUCGCUGAUCUUAGCAAAAUCUAUGGUCCGGGGAGCAAAAAGUUUGGCGCAAAAGGAGUGAAAACGGAAUUCGGUGACCCAUCGUUGAUAUCUGAAGAACAAGAGACGGAUCAUGUGGCUGUUGUUCGAGAAGAAACUGGUGUCAGAAUUCACGUGCGACGAGGGAAAAAGAGGAAGAGUUAUGUGAAAACCGAAGGUGUGGAAGCUACCGAGUUGAAGACGUCUCCGGUCGUCGUUGGUCCGAGUGAUGGAUCAGAAGAAAGUGUUCCGCCUGCGAAGUCCCCCCGAAUCGAUGAUUUCUCAGUUUUCGACGAGAAAAAAUCUCGUAAGACGGAUGGUGUCGACUCUCAGCCGGUGCACCUAUUCAAGAAAGGGAAGAAAGCUGGCAAAGAAGUCAAGCGCCGAGGUAACGAGCUCCCCGUUUUCUUCUCCUGGGGAUGGACAUUCUCGCUGUCCGCAACUCGUCCUCCUAAACUGUUCCGAGUGAGAACAAUUACGAUGGUGUCGGUGCAAGUCGAGUUUCGUCGCGUAUGGCAUCGCGUUUCUUCUCUUUCCGAUCUUUCGUUUACCUGCAUGGCCAGGAUGUUCGUAGGCCUCGUAUUUUGUACUGCCUGUAUAGCUCUUGUCCUGUUGGACGCGAAGAUACUUGCUGAUGCGGGCGAAAAAGUAGAGACAGCCGAAGGAGAGGAUCCUUCAGCGGAAAAAACGUUGGUGUACCACAGUGAGCAGACUUUUGCCGUGCUGAAAGUUGGACCUGCAAAUGAACUUCAUAAUUGCUCUUUGAUAGAGGCGAUUGAAGAAGAGGAAAUCGCUCGCACUUUGGCAGACUUGCUGCUGAAUCAUGUCGUUCAGCCGAUAUCUUUCGACGACAUGUUGAAUAUGAUGACAGCUUGCCGGAAUCUCUCUGUUGAAAAGCUUUCGAAAGAGCGGGUCACUCCCGCUUCUGUAACUACGACCAAAUCUCCUGUAAGACCUCUUGUGAUACGGGAAGCGAUAAUGAGAGGCCCUUUGACGCUAAUUCGUGGAAUUUUGCCAGGUACCAAGUGGUGUGGGAAUGGUGACAUCGCCGAAACGUAUCAGGAUCUGGGUGAAGAAUGGGACAUCGACACGUGUUGUCGAGAGCAUGACCAUUGUCCUGUCAAAGUUCGGGCGUUUGGGAGCCGGUAUGGCUAUUUCAACGCUGGUGUCUACACGAAAUCUCAUUGCGACUGCGAUUCUCGAUUCAAUGCUUGCCUGAAAUCCGUGAACACCUCAAUUUCAAACAUUUUGGGACAGACGUACUUCGACGUGUUGAGGGUGCAGUGCGUGAUGCAUCAUGAUCGUAUGGAAAAUGGAACUUUGACCGUGAAAGACGGAGAAACGAUGAGGUAUGUGACGACUCGAAAUGGGGUGUCCGAAACUGCGAACAAUGGCGAAGUCAGUAACAGAAUCUGGCUUUUUGGAAAGUGAGAUAAUGAAUCAAAAAGUGGUGCUGUGUAAAUUUUUAAAAUUGGUUUGCAAAGUCGAUCUGUUUUGGCCUUGUGUGCGUAACGUAGAUGAAGUCUUGAUCGAACCGCAAUAAUUCCUCCGGGAAUAUUCGUGCAGAAAUCGAACUUUUGUUUCACUGCUUCCAUUCCGAGCCUUAUGAACACAAUAUUUUUAUAUUUUUUAUUCAGAUAGAUUUGUUUUCUGUACGAACAUAGAAAACGCGAUUUACGAGUAUUCGUAGAAAAGUGAUCUGUUGUGUAUUUCACUACAUUUGACAGGUCUUGCCGAAGAAAAACAUUGUGAUUUGACAGACUAGCCGAUUUUUCUGGAAAGCAAAGAAAAAUGUUCUUCCUACGAAUCGUUGAAAGACAAAAUGAAACGAUACUCUCUAGUUUGUUACCGUGUGAUGGGUUGUUUUAGAAUGCGAAUAGUAUUUAUAUAGAAACGGAUUUGCCAAGUUGUUUGAAAUGAAAUGGUUACCGUGUUUGAGAGGUUUUAAGUUUUUGUUUUUGAGCCGUGUGAAGAGCGGUUUCAAUGACUCUUGCCGUUGAUUGGUGUAUUGAUGCACAAGAUUGGGUUGUAGAAUACAUUGGGAUGUUUGAAAUUAA